GAGGCCCCGCCCCUGCGUCCCGCGGGCGCCUUUGCCGCGGCCUGCGCUGGGCUCUGCUCUGCGUCCGCUGCGUGUGCAGGUAACAGCAGUGACCUCUUCCCAUACCAUCAUGGCCUCAUAGAAGGGCCCAGAUAAGAACUGGGAGAAGCAGCACCCAUAAAACAAGAUGGAGCAGGCAAAGUGCAGCCCCAAGGAAGAGGGCAAGACAGAGGAUGACAGUGAGGGGAAAGAUGACUGUGAUGAUGAUGAUGAUGAGAGUAAAGAUGACCAGGAUGAGGAAGUGGAGGAGGAGGGUGUGUUCAUUUUAGCCCACUCUGUGCCACUGAAGCAGUUGAUUCAAUGCCCUGUAUAUGGCGCUUCCACACGGCGCUCCAGCCUCAUUGCCCACACCAGUGAGAAGUCCUUCAGCUGUGCUGACUGUGGCAAGAGCUUCACACGGCGCUCACACCUCAUUAACCAUCACCGAACACACACUGGUGAGAAACCCUUCAGCUGUGCCGACUGUGGCAAGAGCUUCACACGGCAUUUUGGCCUCAUUGCCCACCGCCGUACCCACACUGGUGAGAAGCCUUUCAGCUGUGCUGACUGUGGCAAGAGCUUCACACGGCAUUUUAGCCUCAUUUCCCACCGCCGAGCCCACACUGGUGAGAAGCCCUUCAGCUGUGCUGACUGUGGCGAGAGCUUCACACUGCGGUUACAUCUCAUUAACCAUCACCAAACCCACACUGGUGAGAAACCCUUCAGUUGUGUUGACUGUGGUGAGAGCUUCACACAGCGUUCACACCUCGUUAACCACCACCGAAUCCACACUGGUGAGAGGCCUUUCAGCUGUACUGUCUGUGGCAAGAGUUUCACUCAGAAGUCUGCCCUCAUCCGGCACCACAGUGUCCACACCACUGAGAAGUCCUUCAGCUGCAAGGACUGUGGCAAGAGCUUCAAACACAGCGCAUAUCUCACCAUUCACCACCGCACCCACACUGGAGAGAAUCUCUUCCCCUGCGCAGAGUGUGGCAAGAGCUUCACCACGAGCUCUAAAUUCCUCCAACACCGACUCGUGCACAGCGGUGAGAAACCCUACACCUGCUCUGAUUGUGGCAAGAGCUUCACUCACAUCUCCACCCUUACUGUCCACCGCCAUGUCCACACUGGUGAGAGGCCCUUCACCUGCUCUGACUGUGGAAAGAGCUUCACCCAGAGAGGCAGUCUCAGUUACCACCGCCUCACCCACACUGGUGACCAACCCACACUGCAGGGCAAGCACAAUUAGACCCACCUCAGGUCUCUCAGGGUAAUUGUGCCCCCACCCUGAGAAGGCCUUUCCAGCAGAUUGAACCAAAAUUGCCUCUUUUUCACCUGCAUUUCUCAGUGACUGGGGGCUCCAGCAGGAAGAAAGACCUCCUGCUCUUCUGAGCACCAAUAUGUGCUGGUGAGAAUAAUUAUGGUGAUGAGUGGGAACAGCUGGAACUGCCACUGGAGCUGGGCUGAGCUUUGCCAGGAUUUGUCUGGUUCUUCCUCUAUUCUUUGUGUCUCCCUGGGGUGAAACCCCCUCUCUCCAGUGUUCAGUGAUGUCAAUAAAACCCCAAAGUGACCCAAA